AACCGAGCCCAUUUACAUCCACUCUCCACAUGUAGUCAGUUGUCAGACCAAUUGGAACCGGUGCGGCGAAUUGGAGCCCAUGGUGAGCUGCUGCCACAAAACAGAGUUCUCCCUAGCAUUGCGCAGUCAGCUGUGAUCGCGUAUGGAGUUGCGGCUGUUCGGCGUUCCGGUCCCAGUUGCAUUUCACCUUGGAGAGCGUCCCUGCCACGAACAGCAACAAACUUGACAUUGUCAAUCCUCCGUUUCCUGACCGGUUGUAACGCGAGUUUCCGACUGACAUCCGAUUUCCGGUGAAUUCCUCUUCCUUUUCACGUGUAUUCAUUGCCUCAGUUUCGCGCCGCUUCCGCAUUACAACCUCCGAGCCGAGGUGAUCGCUGCCAGCCCAGAAAAGUCUGAAAAUCAAUUCGCGUUUUUUCCUUUCGCCACAACCGCGGCGCCCAAGUUGCGAAAAUUAUCGAUUGGCAAUCGGCGACUGCACGACGGCUCCGCGGGCUCCAACCGACCGCAAGACGAGACGACCUGGCGACGGCGGCCGACGGACGGUGUACUCCGCUUGAUGAAUGAAUAGGCGCGCGAGCGGGACAGCCGCCGUGCGCUUACCUGCGCGGAAACGGGACGCCCGAUGCGGGCCUACUACCUUAUUGUGAUCCGUGCGUAGUGUGUGUGCAGAAGUUUUUGUUUGACAGCCGAGGCGGAAGGAAAGUGACAUUUGUGCAGUUGCCGCACGUCAAAGCGCUCCGCAGUCACUCAGUCGUCGGCUGUGUGCUGAGUAAAAAGAAAAUCAGAAAAAUCCAAAAAAAAACAAAUUUUUUUUACGGCAACCACAAAGUAAUCGGUGAACGGAAAAAAUCGGGAAAAUUGAGGAGAUAUUGGGAAGCCUUUCGCGGUGCCACGAAGAUUCCGUGAUGCAAAUUCUGAGUGCGUGAUGUGCAUUUUAUCGCUGCCGUUUUAAAAUAGACUCGUCGUCGUCGUCGCUGCGUGUCGGCGGAUCUGUGGGCUGACCUGACCCGUGUCGUUGUUUUUUCUUUUCUCCGUGAAAAGCGUGUGUGAAAAUUCUUAGCGAGUUCAAUAAAAAAUUGCAAGAAAAUUACAAGUGAAUCGCAGGCUCCAAUUGGAGACGAAUCGAGUGCAGGCGAGCUGCCAGUCAAGCGGGGAGUGUUUUACACGGACCAGGGGAAGAAAUUCAGUCCGAUCCGGACGAGAAAAGGUGUCAAGCUAUCAGCCUGGAUCAGCCUAUUCGCACCAUAAACGGUUUUGAAACUUCAGCCGUAAAAUAACAUUAUUAUAAUUAUCCUAAGAUCAAAAUAAGAAAAGGAGCAAUCUUAGCAAAACAUCGAUUAAAAAGUAUAAAAAUAGAACGGAUAUCAAGCAAACCAUACAACCAUCUAAGCAAAAAAUCAUCUUAAGAUUAAAGUGUUGCGGUUUUGCAUCCGAUACGCUUCGUUUACAUGAAAAUCCACAAGACAUUCGUCAGCACUGAAGACCGAACAAAAGGAAGUACGGCUAAUUGGAGCACUAGCAACUCAGAAUAAUCUGCAUACAACCGCCCCGUAAAAGUGGCGAACAGUACGUGGAAAAUUGCAUUUUUUCCUCUGAUUGCAAAAGGGAAAAAGUAAUUUUCUUCAAGUCACGCUGUCGUCUACAAUAUUGCAGCCGUUGUUGACGUCGUUGCCGUCAAGAUGGAUGCCUCAAUUGAGGAGAACUCAACGACGGCCAUAACAACAGCAGAUCAACUUCAGAUGAUGAAUUCAUCAUCGGUGGUGAUUGAAGAGAAUAAUGUGGUUAGCGUUAGCAGCAUUGGUUACGAGAGGAAGCUAUCGAGCGAUGGCGAUGAUAAGGAUACGUCGGUGAGGGUUGCUGUACGUAUUCGACCGCAAAUACCGCGCGAGAUAAUAGACAUGUGUCGGAUUUGUACGACAGUAACCCCAGGAGAACCACAAGUCGUUCUCGGCGGAGACAAAGCCUUCACAUUCGAUUAUGUCUUUGACAUUAACUCCACACAGACCGAUAUCUAUGCGAAAUGUGUGGAAAAAUUGGUGGAUGGAUCGUUGAAAGGUUAUAAUGCAACCGUUCUGGCAUACGGUCAAACAGGCUCCGGCAAAACAUACACAAUGGGCACAGGAUUCGAUUGUGAUGUAACUGACAUUCAGGAGGGUAUAAUUCCGCGUGCCGUACGACACAUAUUCAGCGGCAUAGAAAACCUACAGACGGACGAGAAUGGAGUUAACCGAGGGACGAUACAGUUCAGCGUGGCUGCACAAUUUAUGGAACUAUACAAUGAAGACAUUAUUGAUUUGUUGGACCCAUACAACAAGGGGCGAGUAUUCAAAAUACAUGAAGAUCCUGCUGGUGGGAUUUAUGUGUCCGGUGCUACAAUUACGCCUAUUCAUGGUCCACAGGAUGCGCUUAAAUGUCUUCAACAAGGAGCCUUAGCCCGUACCACGGCCUCAACACAAAUGAAUGCCCAAUCAUCCCGAAGUCACGCACUCUUCACAAUCCUUAUACGACGCCAACGGGCCCUAUCCCCCGAAGAGUGUGGUCUGCCCGAAGGUGAUUUAGAAACGCUCACUUCGAAAUUCCAUUUCGUUGAUUUAGCCGGCUCAGAACGUUUGAAGCGUACAGGAGCGACUGGCGAACGUGCCCGCGAGGGUAUCUCAAUUAAUUGCGGCCUUCUAGCUCUGGGCAAUGUUAUUUCGGCAUUAGGCGAUAAAUCGAAACGAGCAACUCAUGUACCUUAUCGUGAUUCGAAAUUAACACGAUUACUGCAAGAUUCAUUGGGCGGUAACAGUCAAACGCUGAUGAUUGCAUGCGUAUCACCGAGUGAUCGUGAUUUUAUGGAAACACUGAAUACAUUGAAGUAUGCCAAUCGUGCACGUAAUAUUAAGAAUAAGGUACUAUUGAACCAAGAUCAAAGCUCGAGAACGAUAAUGCAACUGAGACGUGAGAUUGCGGCAUUACAAAUUGAAUUGUUAGAAUAUAAGCAGGGUAAACGUAGUAUCGACGAAGAAGGCAAUGCAUCCAUUUCUGAUACAUUCCAAGAGAACGCUAUGCUUCUGGCGGACAACAAAAGACUGCAACAACGACUUAAAGCCAUGCAAGAGACAAUUAACACCCUCACUGAUAAGAAUUCUGAAUUGAUGCUGCAGAAAGCAACAAUGGGCUGGCAAGCUACGGAUUCGGAGAAAUCAGUUGCUGAUAUGAUUGGCGCAUAUAUUACGGAAAUUGAAAAACUUCAAGCUAAACUAUUGGAGUCAGAACAAAUGUAUCAGCAACUGAAGAAGUCGAUGACGAGUCCGAGAAAUAAUUUCAAGAUGAAUAAUACAUUCGAGACCCCCGAAACAAUCCUUAAUAUGGCUAAGCAUGAGCUUGAGAAGGAACGAGAACUUCUCAUGUCGCGAUCGCUUCCUGGCUUUAACGAAGACAGCAGCAAUUCCAAUGUAGAAAAUAAUGACUCCGACAGUGAUAGUGAUACAGAGUCAGAUGACAAAACUGGUCAAAUGCAAGCCGAACUAAAUGACAUCAGUUCCGAUAUCGAACUUAAAACGAAACUUAUCGAACAAUUGGAAUUGUCACAACAAAGAAUGCAAGUUAUGCGUCAACAUUAUGAGGAGAAAUUGCAUAUUCUCAAUACGAAAAUCAUGAAUACGCAAAAGGAGCGCGAUCAAGUAUUAUCCAAUAUGGGAUCUGCUCCGCAAACAUCACAAUCAAACGAGAAGAUCAAAAAAGUUCGAGAGGAAUAUGAGCGCAAGAUUAACGAUAUGCAGCGUGAAUUGCGAAAAUUACAAUCAGCGCAAAAGGAACAUGUUCGCUUGCAACGCCAACUUCAGUCACAUGAAUCACAGCUCAAAACUUUACGAAAUGAAUUGUCUGAUCUCAAAGCGAUGAAGACUCGUCUCAUGCGUAAAAUGCAAGAAGAAAGUAAUCGUCACAAAGAGGAAGAGAGUCGUAAAGUUCGGGAAAUCGCUCAACUACGCAAGGAGUCCCGAAAACAGCUCAACACGAUCAAAUCUCUUCAAGCUCAAGGAGCAGCUAAAGACCAGGUUCUAAAGCGUCGUACCGAAGAAGUAACCGCCUUGCGGAAGAGUCAACGCGGUAUGCUUAGUCUGAAAGCGCAGGGUCGCGUUCAACCAAAGAAAACUCAAAUAUUCAGUCCUCGUCAAGCCCGUCUCAAAUGGGAAAAUCUCCAACGCACCAUUAGUCGAACAGUGGAAAGCAAAAAGACAAUUGUCCAACUUGAAAGUGAACUUGAAAGACUGAUACACGAUCGCGAAGCGCUUAGCCGAGAUCUAGCCAAUGUUCGUAAUAAAUUGCGACAGAACGAAACGCCUGAACUGAUCAGCGAAGAGGAUACGCUUAAAGCGAAUUUGAAUUAUGUUCAAGAAGUUAUGACACAAAUUCAACACUCCAUUAUCGAUAUCGAGGAGGGCAAGGAGUCAACCAGUUCCAAUCAGUUACAAUCACUUAUCGAUAAUGUACAGAGUGUCGAAGAGGCGAAAUAUCUUCUUGAGAAAUUGGCCAACAUUACAGUGGCUCAGACGUGUGAUAAUACAUUGGCGCAAACAAAACUGUCCGAGAAUGAAGCACGCAUCAAGGAAUUCCGUGACGAAAGUGACAUUCUGCAACAACUAAUGCAACACAUUCUAGCACAAAAUCCUGCCUUGACAUUCUCCGAUCUAUCACAGAAUUUCGAAUAUACAAAACAACGUUGUUCGGAAUCGUGGAGUACGAUCGAUAGCAAUAGUACAUAUGACAUUCCGUCCGAUAUGCCUAGUAUUCUGUCUGAUUCGCAACGUGGUCGAGAAAUGACUUCAAAUCACGUAGAAAUGCGUAAUCAUCAGAAUAGAUCGAGCAGAAGCCCAUCACCGGCCCCAACUAUAGACUUAGAUCAUACGUCCAAAGUUCGUAGGCGAACUGCACAACCACAAGAUCUUUUAUUUGGCGAUGCUGAUAAUCAAGUGGACAAGAAUGAUAUAAUGACACGAUCAUUCACUCAACAAGAAGGUGCUGGUCGCAGUUUUAUUCCAUUAGCAAGAGUUCCAAGUGCACCAGGAUCUUUGAAGCAAGCCUUAAACAACACUGCAUCUCCAUCUCUAGGUCGUAAGCCUAUCGAUACGACUGGGGCGAAUGCUGUUCCCGUAUCACCUAGAGUUAAUCGACGACCUUUCCCUAAUAAGGGUUCGCCCGGAUUAGAGGAAGAUUUAACAACGCCAACACAUUCACCGCCCGUUUAUCGUCGUAUGACUUCGCGCGAGGAUGCUGCUGCUGAUGUAUUCUCACGUUUGGGAGCAGGAACACAGGAUCCAUCGCCUGGUGGGAAUAUCCAGAAGUAUACGGGAAAGACCCGCGCUGGCGUCCCUCUUUUCUGCACCCAUACAGUUUUGGGUCACAACAAUUCCGUGCUUUCUAUUAAAGUCGACGAUAGUACACUAUUCACCGCGGCAGCUGAUCGUACUGUGAAAGUUUGGGAUUUAGAAAAGGAUGCACCUCAACAUUGCUUAGCCACACAUCCAGGACCUGUUAUAGCUGUUGAAUACGAUCGAAAAACGAAUCUUCUAUUCUCCGCAUCGGGACCAUAUGUUCGUGUAUGGGAUCUCCGUUCUAGCAAUAUUCGAGCCAUCAAGACACUAUGCUCCUCAGGUCAAACCCUCACCGGAAACGCCAAUAUAACUGUUGCACAGGCUGGAGAGUCUCCAAUUACUGCAUUAUGUAUGGGAUCGUCUGGUAAUUUGUAUGUGGCUGCAUCAGAUAAGGUUCGAAUUUGGGAUUUGAAAAACCUCACUUGUCUUGGAAAAUUGUCUGGUGGACAUCAAGCUGCUGUUAUGUGUGUGACGGCGUGGGAAGGUUCAUCCAACACCGAUUUUGUGGCGACCGGUUCCAAAGAUCACUACGUAAAAGUAUUUGAAGUUCCUUCGACAGGUGGUGUUGUGUAUCCACUAUUGAAUUUAGAACCACCACACUAUGAUGGUGUACAAGCUUUGGCUGUGGCACAGGAUGCCUUAGGUGCGGAUGCCGAGUUAUUUUCUGGGAGCCGAGAUUCAGGAAUUAAAAGAUGGGACUUGCGGAAUGGGGAACUUAAGCAGUCACUCAACAACGCCCACAAAGGAUGGGUCUCAGGAAUGGCAAUCUCAGGCGAUGUUCUACUGUCUAGCUGUCGUGGUGGCAUUAUUCGUCUAUGGAAUGUUAAAACUUGUGAUAGUUUAGCCGAGAUGAAGACUGAUUCGUCAAUUAACGAUAUUGUUGCAUCCGGACAGAGGGUCUUUACGGCAUCAAGUACCGGAAAAGUACGAAUCUGGCGAUUUAAAUCAGCUCUCAAGCGACAAUACUCACUCGAGGAUAGCUGAUAUUCAAGAUCACGUGAUGGUCACCAGGAAGACUACACACCCCCGUUUCGACGCAGUCAUUCGACCGGAUCUAGUUCACCAAUCAAACGAAAUAUUAACAUUAAAUCUUUUUUAACAUCAACACACUCAUCACCUCUAUCAUCAAAAUCAUCAUCGUCAUUCCUAUCACCACCAUCACUAUCAUCGCCAGUUACAACACCGACAAGAACACGAACAACAUCACUAUUAGCUUUAAGAAAUACCGACUCGGGAUCCUCGACGAGUUUUGGGAAUCACCGAGUUUCCACACUGCAUCGAUAUCAAGUGGCUGGUCCUGCGUCAUCGACUCUGGGUCUUGCUUCGUCGUCGUCCUUGUCAUCAACGUCGGGAAGUCAACGAUAUUUUAGUUCAAAUUUAAGAUUGAAUAGGGACCUGCAGAGACGUCUCGAAUCGGCAACAACCACGGCAUCGACAUUAACGUCCUUGUCCUUGUCGACGUCAAUGUCGUCCAAGAAUCGAAUCCCCAAUCGAACGUCUCUUCUGAAUAGGACACGAUUGAAUGCAUUCUCAAGCGGUCUAAUGACUUUCAGUAAGAAAUUAUGAUUUGAAUUUUAUUUUAUUCUGUGGUCGUUUGUUGUCUUUUUUUAUUCGACAAUGUUGAAUUAAUCCUUUAUUUAUUUUACAUUGAGUAUGUACGUGUGUUUACAUGGAGGAGUUAUUUUAAAGGCGCUCGGGGAUGAUCUGGUUGGCGUUUGCGUCAGGACUUCGUGUUUUUUUUAAACAAGACGAGGAGGAGCUAACGUUUUACAUCACAGAAUCCUUCCAGUAACUCAAUUAUUAAACUUUUACAAACGCGCCUUUUUUUAAAAACGAUACAACUGUACAGCCUUUUCUAUAUUUUAUAUUUUUUCGCAUCUGAAUCAUACACAGAAAAACGGAGGCUUUUGAUUAUACAAAUAGAACUACGCAUACGAUAAACUACGAACACUAGGCAAUAGAAAAGAUGUUUUAAUAUAUACAUUUAAUUACGGAUACCAAUAAAUUGUAUCCAUAUUCGAUAUAUUUUUCUACAACACAAACUACAGGUGUAAGUCCUUGUUUGAAUAGGCGUGUAAGGUAGCGAUUUAAAGCAUCAACUGAAAAUCAAAUGUGGAUUACAGGCGAAGUAGGAAUCUAUGGAACAUAUUCAGAUAACAAUAAUAAAUUUAAGUCACGACUAAAUACACAAAUUGUUUGUAAGAAGUUGUAGUAGUGGCCCGCAAUGCAAAUCGAAAGGACGACUUGGCGAGGGAUGAAAAAAUGGCAACUAUUUCCUUCUUGUUUGUGGUUUUAUGAGAUAAUCUAAGAUUUAUCGUAACAAAUAUUUAUAUAUUUUCUUAAGGCUCUAUAUAAGGCGGAAGAGCGUUAUUAAAUCGACAAAUAUAUUCCUCUAGACUUACAAGAAAUGCUGAACUAAUUUGGUUUAUCUAAACGGAAACAAUUCACGCGCUAGGCAUCUAACUAGAACUUAUGUAACAAUUGGUGAUUUAUAUAUUCUUUAUACUCUCAAAACUACUUUAAACUGAAAUCUAUAUAACUUCUGCAGCUAAGUAAGACAAACCAUUCUAAUUAUUAUCUAAACGCCUUUAGGUUGUAAUAUCUUCAAUGGAUUCAUCGAAUUGAAAGGAAAUCAUUCAAUGAAUCCAGAACUAAUAAAAGACAAUGCUGUGGAAAUUAAUGUGGAUCUACUGUAAACAUGUAGAGCUAAAAAUUAUUAAUUUAGUGAUGGAACAAUAAUGAGGGAAAAUUGUGUUGUAAUUUCAAGAGAAAAAGUGACUAAUACGAAAGUAUGUAUGAAAGGAAAUAUUUUAUUGUGUAAACACGCUUUAUUUUCAAUAAAUUAGAUUGUUAGGUAAGAGAGCGACGAAACGGAUGAACAAAUUACUAAUAGUUGCGUACAAUAUUUGAUGUGUAUAUGUUGAUUAUAAAAUGCAAAUGGAAAAGAUAAAGAUAUGAUGAAUAAAGAAGAUAUUUGAAGAGUUAUAUGAUCAAA